AUGCCAUUUUUGUGGGUUCUUAGAGAGACAGCCAACGGCGAAAAGCCAGAAGGAAAGUUGAGGCGCAAGGAGGAAUUGGAGAAGCAAGGGAAGAUUGUGCGUUGGUGUACACAAGUUGAGGUUCUGCAACACUCGUCUAUUGGGUGUUUCUUGAUUCAUUGCGGAUGGAACUCAACGAUAGAAAGUUUGGUGUUUGGGAUGCCUGUUGUGGCAUGCCCGCUGUGGAGUGACCAAUGUUGCAACGCUAAGCUGGUUCAAGAUAUUUGGAAAACGGGGGCGAGAGUGAAAGCAAAUGAGGAUGACAUUGUUGAAGCUCAUGAGUUCAAGAUAUGCAUAGAAUGUGUAAUGGGAGAGGGAGGAGUUGAGCUGAGAAAGAAUAAGAAAUGGAGAGAUUUAGCAAGAAGUAGCAUGAAAGAAUGUGGAUCUUCCCAUUUGAAUCUCAAGACUUAUGUGCAUGAAGUGCUUCUUAAUUAA